AUGCCUUCUCACCAGGCUGUUGCGGGCAUGCAGGCCAUUGACCCCGAGUUCGUCAAGCAGCCGUCUCCCAUGGCCAGCACCUCGGAGCCCAACCGCAACCCCAAGUACGACCCCAAGAAGCCACACAUCACCGAGACGCCCAUCACAAAGGCAAACUGGUACAAGCACGUCAACUGGCUCAACGUGACCUUCAUCAUCGGUAUUCCCCUUGCCGGUUGCGUCGCUGCCUUCUGGACUCCUCUUCAGUGGAAGACGGCCGUCUGGGCAGUCGUGUACUACUUCUGGACCGGUCUCGGUAUCACGGCUGGCUACCAUCGUCUCUGGGCACACAAGUCUUACAACGCCGGCACCCUUCUCAGCGUCUUCCUUGCUCUCGUUGGCGGUGGAGCUGUCGAGGGCUCCAUUCGCUGGUGGUCCCGUGACCACCGCGCCCACCACCGUUACACCGACACCAACAAGGACCCCUACAGCGUUCGCAAGGGCCUUCUCUACAGCCAUCUCGGAUGGAUGGUCAUGAAGCAGAACCCCAAGCGCAUUGGCCGCACCGACAUCACCGACUUGAACGAGGAUCCCGUCGUCGUCUGGCAGCACAAGCACUACAUCAAGAUUGUCAUCUUCAUGGGCUUGAUCUUCCCCUCGGCUGUCGCUGGCCUUCUCUGGAACGACUGGAAGGGUGGCUUCAUCUACGCCGGUAUCCUGCGCAUCUUCUUCGUCCAGCAAGCUACUUUCUGCGUCAACUCCCUCGCUCACUGGCUCGGCGACCAGCCCUUUGACGACCGCAACAGCCCGCGUGAUCACGUCAUCACCGCCCUCGUCACCCUCGGCGAAGGAUACCACAACUUCCACCACGAGUUUCCCUCCGACUACCGCAACGCCAUCGAAUGGCACCAGUAUGACCCCACCAAGUGGUCCAUCUGGCUAUGGAGCAAGCUCGGUCUCGCCUCCAACCUCAAGCAAUUCCGCGCCAACGAGAUCGAAAAAGGCCGCGUACAACAGCUACAAAAGAAGAUUGACCAAAAGCGCGCUAAGCUCGACUGGGGUGUUCCUCUUGACCAGCUACCCGUCAUUGAAUGGGACGACUAUGUCGAGCAAGCCAAGAACGGCCGCGGUCUCGUCGCUGUUGCCGGUGUUGUUCACGAUGUUACCGACUUCAUCAAUGAGCACCCUGGUGGCAAGACGCUGAUCAAGAGCGGAAUCGGAAAGGACGCCACUGCCAUGUUCAACGGUGGCGUCUACUUCCACUCCAACGCUGCACACAACUUGCUCUCGACCAUGAGAGUUGGUGUCAUCCGCGGAGGCUGCGAGGUGGAGAUCUGGAAGCGCGCCCAGAAGGAGAACAAGGAGGUCAACGUGGCCAAGGAUGACCAAGGCAACCCAAUCAUCCGCGCUGGCAACCAGAUCACCAAGGUUGCACAGCCCAUUGCCAGUGCCAGCGCGGCUUAG